GCGGCGGCGGCGAGAUCUGGGCUCGGGUUGAGGAGUUGGUAUUUGUGUGGAAGGAGGCGGAGGCGCAGGAGGAAGGGGGAAGCGGAGCGCCGGCCCGGAGGGCGGGAGGAGGCGCGGCCAGGGCGGGCGGUUGCGGCAAGGCGAGGCGGGGAGCCGAGACGAGCAGCGGCCGAGCGAGCGCGGGCGCGGGCGCACCGAGGCGAGGGAGGCGGGGAAGCCCCGCCGCCGCCGCGGCGCCCGCCCCUUCCCCCGCCGCCCGCCCCCUCUCCCCCCGCCCGCUCGCCGCCUUCCUCCCUCUGCCUUCCUUCCCCACGGCCGGCCGCCUCCUCGCCCGCCCGCCCGCAGCCGAGGAGCCGAGGCCGCCGCGGCCGUGGCGGCGGAGCCCUCAGCCAUGGCCUCGGGCGACACCCUCUACAUCGCCACGGACGGCUCGGAGAUGCCGGCCGAGAUCGUGGAGCUGCACGAGAUCGAGGUGGAGACCAUCCCGGUGGAGACCAUCGAGACCACAGUGGUGGGCGAAGAGGAGGAGGAGGACGACGACGACGAGGACGGCGGCGGUGGCGACCACGGCGGCGGGGGCGGCCACGGGCACGCCGGCCACCACCACCACCACCAUCACCACCACCACCACCCGCCCAUGAUCGCUCUGCAGCCGCUGGUCACCGACGACCCGACCCAGGUGCACCACCACCAGGAGGUGAUCCUGGUGCAGACGCGCGAGGAGGUGGUGGGCGGCGACGACUCGGACGGGUUGCGCGCCGAGGACGGCUUCGAGGAUCAGAUUCUCAUCCCGGUGCCCGCGCCGGCCGGCGGCGACGACGACUACAUUGAACAAACGCUGGUCACCGUGGCGGCGGCCGGCAAGAGCGGCGGCGGCGGCUCGUCGUCGUCGGGAGGCGGCCGCGUCAAGAAGGGCGGCGGCAAGAAGAGCGGCAAGAAGAGUUACCUCAGCGGCGGGGCCGGCGCGGCGGGCGGCGGCGGCGCCGACCCGGGCAACAAGAAGUGGGAGCAGAAGCAGGUGCAGAUCAAGACCCUGGAGGGCGAGUUCUCGGUCACCAUGUGGUCCUCAGAUGAAAAAAAAGAUAUUGACCAUGAGACAGUGGUUGAAGAACAGAUCAUUGGAGAGAACUCACCUCCUGAUUAUUCAGAAUAUAUGACAGGAAAGAAACUUCCUCCUGGAGGAAUACCUGGCAUUGACCUCUCAGAUCCCAAACAACUGGCAGAAUUUGCUAGAAUGAAGCCAAGAAAAAUUAAAGAAGAUGAUGCUCCAAGAACAAUAGCUUGCCCUCAUAAAGGCUGCACAAAGAUGUUCAGGGAUAACUCGGCCAUGAGAAAACAUCUGCACACCCACGGUCCCAGAGUCCACGUCUGUGCAGAAUGUGGCAAAGCUUUUGUUGAGAGUUCAAAACUAAAACGACACCAACUGGUUCAUACUGGAGAGAAGCCCUUUCAGUGCACGUUCGAAGGCUGUGGGAAACGCUUUUCACUGGACUUCAAUUUGCGCACACAUGUGCGAAUCCAUACCGGAGACAGGCCCUAUGUGUGCCCCUUCGAUGGUUGUAAUAAGAAGUUUGCUCAGUCAACUAACCUGAAAUCUCACAUCUUAACACAUGCUAAGGCCAAAAACAACCAGUGAAAAGAAGAGAGAAGACCCUUCUCGACCAUGGGAAGCAUCUUCCAGAAGUGUGAUUGGGAAUAAAUAUGCCUCUCCUUUGUAUAUUAUUUCUAGGAAGAAUUUUAAAAAUGAAUCCUACACACCUAAGGGACAUGUUUUGAUAAAGUAGUAAAAAUUUAAAAAAAAAAAACUUUACUAAGAUGACAUUGCUAAGAUGCUCUAUCUUGCUCUGUAAUCUCGUUUCAAAAACACAGUGUUUUUGUAAAGUGUGGUCCCAACAGGAGGACAAUUCAUGAACUUCGCAUCAAAAGACAAUUCUUUAUACAACAGUGCUAAAAAUGGGACUUCUUUUCACAUUCUUAUAAAUAUGAAGCUCACCUGUUGCUUACAAUUUUUUUAAUUUUGUAUUUUCCAAGUGUGCAUAUUGUACACUUUUUUGGGGAUAUGCUUAGUAAUGCUAUGUGUGAUUUUUCUGGAGGUUGAUAACUUUGCUUGCAGUAGAUUUUCUUUAAAAGAAUGGGCAGUUACAUGCAUACUUCAAAAGUAUUUUCCUGUAAAAAAAAAAAGUUAUAUAGGUUUUGUUUGCUAUCUUAAUUUUGGUUGUAUUCUUUGAUGUUAACACAUUUUGUAUAAUUGUAUCGUAUAGCUGUAUUGAAUCAUGUAGUAUCAAAUAUUAGAUGUGAUUUAAUAGUGUUAAUCAAUUUAAACCCAUUUUAGUCACUUUUUUUUUUCCAAAAAAAAUACUGCCAGAUGCUGAUGUUCAGUGUAAUUUCUUUGCCUGUUCAGUUACAGAAAGUGGUGCUCAGUUGUAGAAUGUAUUGUACCUUUUAACACCUGAUGUGUACAUCCCAUGUAACAGAAAGGGCAACAAUAAAAUAGCAAUCCUAAAGCAAGAAUAUGGCAGAACAAGAUCUGUAAGCACAGUCUUAUUUUCUUUUGUUGUCCAGAAUACUUAUAAUUCUUGAGCCUCCCAGAAAUUGGAAGCUAAAUAAAGCAACUCAAGUUUCCUUUA